GCCUCGCCGCGAUUCUGUAGCCUCUAGCAGGCCCGUAUGGAGAACAAACUUUGCUCGCUAUAAGAGCUUGGGUGAAUCUGACCUUUCGGAAUCCCUGAUAUUGGAGCGAGCUUCUAUCCCCAAUGCGUUUUCUGCCCCUGCACAGAUUGAUUCGACGCCAUUACCCAAGAUACCCAUGAUAGUAUUGUCGAUUGUUGUCUUGGGAGAAUUUUUGAGCGCGAACGUGUCUACUCCUUUCCUGGUCGAUAUGGUAAAAACAUUCAACCUUGGAGACACAGCUGAAUUAGGUUCCUUCACUGGAAUCAUUGUUGCGGCAUUUUUCGUAACACAAUUCGUAACGUCGUUGCUGUGGGCUACUAUUGCCCAAAAACAUGGGAAUCGCGCUGUCCUUUUUAUUUCACUUCUUGGGAAUGCUAUAACAUGUGCUCUUUUUGGGACGUGCAAGUCUUUCCCAGAGGCCGUCGUGGUAAGAUUGAUUCAAGGCGUCUUCAACGGCGCUGUUGGAGUCGCUCGCAGUUGCGUCGUCAAUGUUGCCGACUUCACAAAUGAGUCUCGUGCAUAUGCGAUUAUGGGAUUUAGCUGGGGUUUGGGUGGUGUUGCUGGUGCAAUCAUCGGUGGCGCGUUUGAAUCACCUUCAAAGACGUGGCCCACCUCUUUCGGGCGCAUCCCGUUGUUUCAAAAAUACCCUUAUCUCCUUCCUCCACUGAUUGCCUCAUCGGUGUUGUUGACUGGAGCCAUUCUUUGUCUCUUUCUUGGUUGGGACGGUGGGCCGCGUGAGGGUGGCAUUCGGCUGCCGGAGAAAGACACCGACAAUGCAACACCCGCGCAGAUUGACCUUGGUCGGCAAUCGCUCAUCGAAGAGGGUCGCGCUGUCCCUAAACCGGUGGAACAACUGAAGAGUGUUAAGCGGAAGAUAUCGAGUUAUUUCGCAAAUCGAGUCAAAGAAGCGUAUGCUAAUCGAAGUGAAUCGCCUAGGAGAGAUUCGUUGGUGCCGGGAGCAGGCCCAUCUUCUCCUGCUUCUCCCAUGGCUAUCCGCUCAGCCAGAUUGUCUCGUACAGCUGGAUCGGCAUAUGGUCACCGGAGUCGACUGAGCAGUCGUCCAACAUUCUCCAGCAUUGCGGGAAAUGAGGCUCGACGAGGUAGCCUUGCAAGUACUGCAAUGAAUCGCACCAUCUUCACUGAAACUGAUGCGCCCCGCGAGGAUCUCAACUUUGCGCAGAGGCUAAUCAUGGCCAAUGAAUUGAAUGCCACGUCGAUGACCAGUUUAUGGGUCGCUGCUGCUGCAACUGCGGACAAUGAGGAUCCAUUCAUUGGCUCUGACGACGAGAUGUCAGAUGCUGGGACAGAAGAUUCGGAUGGAGCAGCAUCGAACUUCCCUAGUCGAUUCAGCACCAUAGAGUCAGCUUCACAGUAUCGCUGGACGCCCCAUGGUCCUACAGGAUCCCCUUUGGGACCCAGGCGAAGUAUCACUCAAGGUCUCACAUCACCAUACCCUGGUUCCCGAAGGACUUCCUACAGUCGUGGAGGAAUUGUAGGCGGCGGGAGAACCUCGUUUGGUAGCUCACCGCCACAUGGAGCAGACCGACAAAUGGCAACAGCUCCCCAUCUGGUUAUGCCAGCUAUAUACUCCAAUACUGGCCUCAGGACCCCUCCUGCACUUCUGGAAUUCACCGAGCACACGUAUCCAGCUAUUGGAGACCCUUUCAAUGAGAGUCUGACUCCAAUCACGGAAAGAUCUGCGUCGGAAUCCAGUCAGCGAUCGAAUCAGUCAGCACCCGACAUUCAGUCAAACCGCGAUGUUCAGUCAACACACGAUGUUCAAUCGACAGUCGAAAAAUCAGAAAACCUGUGGUCGCUCCUGCCUCUGUUCAUUAUUUUCCAAUACUUCGUCCUCGCCAUCCAUACCACUAGCCAUGAUCAGGUUUUCCUGAUGUAUCUUACUUCGGAUUACGCCAAAGGAGGACUUGGGCUAAGUCCUGGACAUUUUGCAAUUCUCAUCGGCCUUAUGUGCGGCGCACAAAUCAUUUAUCAGUUCUAUUUGUAUCCAAACAUUGGCCCUCCUAGGGGAAAGUACUCUCAUCUUGCGAUGUUCAGGAUCGGAACCGCUCUCUUUAUACCCGGGUACCUCACUGUCGUUCUUUACCGCCGGCUAACCAACGGCAGUUCUGACGGUAAUAACUUGAUCAUGAUUUUAUUGUUGAUAAGCACUGCUGUCCGCUAUGCUGGCUCAACUUUUGCAUUUACGUCCGCAGCCGUACUUCUGAAUUAUUUAUCUGCCCCAAGCGUCAUCGGGUUUGCGAACGGCUUAGCACAAUCUCUUGCUUCUUUGGCCAGAGUGUUGGGACCGCUACUAGGAGGAUGGGUUUGGUCGGAAAGCACAUCGCAUGACCCCAACGGCUAUGGUUUCGGGUUUUAUAUGUGCUCAGCAUUGUGUGCCGUUGCAAUUUUCCUCAGCUUCUUCAUCCGCUAGACCCAAACAGUAAUGUGUUCACUGCACGAACACCCUAUUUCAUCCUGUAUUCCAUUGAGUUUCGGUGGUUUGUGGUUUGUUGCGUUGUUUGGAACCCAAAUGUGCAUAUUCUUCUCUUCUUGGAUGAUUGUGGAUUGCCCCAAAACUCUUCAUUUUUAAUGUCUACGAUGCUCAAACCCAAUAUGUCGUUGCUGAGACUAGGUGAGUGUUGGGUGGCGUCGGGAAAGUGAACGGUAGGAAAUCCACUUGAAGCAGUCGGGGACUCGGGCCGAAACUCUCUGCGAAACGUUCUGAAAAGUCAUGAUAGAAGCUAGGUAAUGUUGACAUAAUAGGUCGGGGAUAUUGGAAAUACAAGGAAU